AAGAAGAUAGUAUAGAUGGAGUUCGGCAGAGGCUUGGUGUCCUUGAUGACAGUGGGAAUAUGGUGGUGGUGGUUGAUGAGAGAAGCUGUUUCAGACCCACAAACCAACCUGCUAAUCCAGGGAUGCAGUACAUACAGCCCCCCCAACCUUUCCGACUUCUACAGCAACCUCAACGACACCUUGUCUGACCUCAAAACGCAGUUAAGCGACAACAAGCGCUUCGCCACGGCACAGAGAACAAGGAGUACGGGCACUGUCUACGGCCUGGCGCAGUGCAGAAAUUACAUGUCCACUGAGGACUGUGUGGCUUGCUUCAACACUGCUCAGUCAGACAUACGCAAUUGCUCUUCAGCCAAUGGCGCUCGCGUUAUCUACGAUGGCUGCUUCCUCAGAUAUGAGAGCAGCAGCUUCUACGACGAAACUACUGGCUCUGGCAAUACUGCAAUUUGUGGCAACCAGACUGCAGCACAGGCGACUGCUUUCCAAGAAGCAGUAAACGGACUAUUAUCAGAUCUUGAAACUGCAACACCCAGAACUAAUGAUUCCUAUGCAGCAUAUAAAAAGGAAGUGGUCGGAGGUGGUGGUGCAACCGUGUAUGGGGUGGCUCAAUGUGUUGAAAGGGCGAGUGCAAGUGCUUGCAAAGAGUGCUUGAAAGUCGCAGAUGGAAACAUAAAGAGUUGUCUUCCCAGUACAGACGGUAGGGCUGUUGAUGCAGGAUGUUUCCUGAGGUACUCAAACACGCCUUUCUUUGCUGAUAACCAGACCACGGAUAUCUUGCCCUUCCUAGAAAAAGGAGGUUCAACCAAGAAGAAAGCCAUUAUAGGAGGAGUGGUUGGAGGUGUAUGCCUAUUCUUGCUCCUCAUUAUGUUGUUUGUAUGGCAUCAGCACUCAAGAAGGGCAAAGGCAGCUCCUAGAGGUGAUAUGUUAGGGGUACCCGAGUUGCAAGGCCCAGUAAAUUACAGCCACAGAGACUUGAAAUCUGCAACAAAAAAUUUUAGAGCUGAAUAUAAACUUGGAAAGGGAGGCUUUGGUGAUGUCUAUAAGGGUUAUUUGAAAAAUGGGACAACGGUUGCAGUUAAGAAGCUAAUUAUAGGUCAACCCAAUAGGGCAAAGGCAGAUUUUGAGAGUGAAGUCAAGAUCAUAAGUAAUGUUCAUCAUCGCAAUCUCCUCCGUCUUCUUGGAUGUUGUAAAAAAGGAUCAGAACUACUUCUUGUCUAUGAAUACAUGGUCAAUAGCAGCCUUGAUAAAUUCUUAUUUGGCGAAAGGCGAGGAGCUCUCAACUGGAGACAACGGUUUGAUAUAAUAGUUGGGACAGCAAGGGGUCUUGCCUAUUUACAUGAGGAAUUCCAUGUCUGUAUUAUACACCGUGAUAUAAAAUCCAGCAAUAUUCUUCUUGACAAUGAUUUCCAGCCCAGAAUUGCAGAUUUUGGGUUGGCAAGGCUUCUACCAGAGGACCAGACUCAUCUCAGCACAAAAGUCGCUGGAACAUUGGGUUAUACUGCACCUGAAUAUGCAAUCCUUGGACAGUUAUCUGAAAAGGUUGAUACCUAUAGCUAUGGGGUUGUCGUCCUUGAAAUCAUAAGUGGCCGCAAGUGCAAUGAAAUGAAGGCUGAAGAUGUCACCGAAUACUUGCUUGAACGGGCAUGGACACUUUACGAGAAUGACAAGCAUUUAGAGUUGGUGGACGAGAGCUUAGACCCUGAGGAAUAUAAAGCCGAAGAAGUGAAGAAGAUCAUAGAGAUUGCUUUGAUGUGCACUCAGUCAUCAGUUUCUAUGAGGCCCACAAUGUCUGAAGUAGUUUUCUUGCUACGCAGCAAGAUCAGCUCACUUGAGCAUGGACCCCCAACUAGGCCUGCUUUCAUUGAUUCCGACUAUAGAGCUCAUGGAGACUCUUCCACCGCUACUGGGUCCUCUGCUUCCAAUGCCACUGCUUCUAUUUCUCACUUCUCAGGUCGAUGACAUGCUCUGGCAAAAACACCAAGUGUGAUGUCUGGUCAUUAAUCUUGAAAGUCAUCUCAGUGUCAAUGGAGCCAUUAGGUUUGCCCAAAUAAUGCACCACACCACACUAAUAUGUAUUCUUGUGAUUGUGAUUAAAAACUUUUUUCUUGU